AGACCGCACCAGUAACCGGCAAAAAUGCAUCAAGUCGCGUGCUCUUAAAUUUCAUCAAUUUACCGCUUAUUUAUUUUGUUUUACUCCAAUCUGUUUUGCUAAGUCAAAAAUAUAUUUUACCAGUGUGAAUAGUUUUCAUUAAAUGUAUUUAACAAAAUAUUUAAUUUAAAAUAAAUUAAUUUUUUUAGUGCUGUGAUUAAUUUUAAUAAAGUGAAUUGUGAUGUUAAAAUUGGAUUAAAUAAAAAGCAAAGAUGACGAGGAGGUCUUCGUGGUUUGUGGUGAUCCUCGUGUUAGUUGUGUUAUUUGUCAGGUCUGACUGCUUGCGUAAAUCUAUCACACAUAAUGAAGGUCAAAAUCUAUCAACGACCAGGAGUCGAGGUAAUGCUCGAUUCAGUUUGAAGGCUGAAGAAGGACUUGGAACAACUUCUGAGCCUCUCACCACUACAUCAAGGUCAAAUCGCCGUAGUAACAAUCCUUCUCCACAUGCUAGUGCAACACUUUCCAGACGACGAACAAGUGCUUUUACAAAGACUGAACUAACAACUGAGAAAGUAACUACAGGAUUUUCUUUAAAUCCAGGUAAAAGCAGAAGUAAAAAUACAUCUUCAUCAUCUAAUGGAGAUUUAAUUCGAGCAGCUAGUGGAGAUAGACGGUACUUACCAGAUUCUUCAAGUCGUAAAAAGCUUGAUAAGGUCGAAGAAGAAGUUAAUUUUCAAACUCCUCAUGAGUUUUCUAAAGCUGACAGAGGUCAAAGAGGAUCUUCCAGAAGUAGAAAUUCAAGAAGAGAAUUUCAGAGAAGAAUUGAUUCAGUAGAUCCUAUCAAUGAAGCUCCAAGUAUUACAAAGCCUAGAAAUGAAAGAAAAAUCCAAGUCACUUUAUCAUCCCGAGAUUUCGAAGAUUCUGCUCGUUAUUCAUCUAAAAGAUUGUCUGAAGAGUUUUCUAAACCCUCUGAAAGUACAAGAGAUAAAAUACCGAAAAGUGCAGCAAGAUAUUUUACUGAAAGAAGUAUUCGAAGACUUGAUAUUGAUUCAUCAUAUUCUGAUCAAGUCAAUGUUGGAGUACCUUCCGCCUCUCAACCAUCAAUUCUUCUACCCCAAAAAACUCAAGAACUAAAGUUGGGACAAACACGUGUUCAAUUAAAUAAUAAAAAUCCUGAUUUUACUCCACGAGGUAGUAGGAGGGGAAUUUCAAAGUUUGCGGAGAGUGCUGCUUAUGUGGAAUUAGUAAAUAAUAAUGAAGCAAAACAAUUGACAACUUCUAAAACAUUAAACUCUCAUUCUCAGAAAAAAGAACGAACACCAUUAAAAAGUUUACAAGCGAGUUUCUCGUCAAAGAGCCGAGGAAGAAGUUCUAAACUAAAUGAUGAAAUAUCUGGAAAUAAUGAUUCAGAUAUAAGUCGGGGAUUUUUUUUAGAGAAGAAAAUAUUAGAAAAAAAUGAAAGAGUUAAUGAGAAACCUAAAGUGAAGACGGACCAUCAACAUUUCAAUACAUCUGAAAGAUAUCGACCAAGAAAACAUAAUGGAUUGUCAUCACUUUCUAAAAAGUCUACUAAAGAAUUAGUGUCCAGUUCAAUUAACACAGUAACUACAGUUCCUACUACUACAGCAUUUACGAAAGAAGUGGUUUUUUUAUUAUCAUCGAAAAAACCUACAGAAGCUCCAGGUAAUCGUCGAGCAGCUACUUCAAUUCUCACCAUUAAAACUUUGCCUAAAGAAAAGGACCUUGAUGACACUUUGGAUUUUCGUGGUCGCAAAGAAUUUAAACAAGCAUCGUACACGACGUCAAUUACUUUUAGUAAUCAAAAUACUGAAAACCUCUUGAAUGACAUAUCAUCGACUAACUUAUCAAACAACCGACGUCGAGGAAAUAAACUUUUUAAUAAAGCUUCAAUUACCAAAACCGGUAAAGAAAUAGUGGGUGAAAACGAUAAUUAUCCACCAGAAUUUAAAGCAAAAUUAGCUCAAUUGGAUAAUUCUGAUAAAAGCAAUGAAAGAUCAGAGCUCCCAAAAAUUAACAAGUAUAUCUAUUAUCAGGAUGAUGAAGUGACGAAAAUCAUAACCCGUCAUUUGCGUUCAACUGAUCAGGCUGAUCCACUGGACAUUCAAUCAGAAACAGAUGAAAUCCCAGAUCUCAUUUUGUCCGAGUCCAAUAUUUCAACAUUAUCAGAAAUUUUUCAGGGUCAAAAAAAACGAACGCCAGGCACGAAUUUUUCUACACGAUCAAAACAGAAACUAGAAGAAGCUAAAAAGCUAGUGAAACCAGAACUGAAGAGUGAGGAGAAAGUAAAUCCUGAUAACGGUUCAUCAACUACGCUAAAUUCAGUUAAGUUCAAUGAAGAAUCUAAGUCACUGCAAGACCCAAAAAGAUACGAUACUUUCAAGCUAUCAUCAAUAACACCAAGAACAAAAGUUACAAUUUCAUUACCUAAAAUCGAUAAAAAAAUUGCAAGGACAAGUAAAAGUAUUGAGAGAGGAAAUGUUACAAUUGGAGAAACUAUACGUAUUCGUCAGAAUCAGAAAGAGAGAAUAACUACAACUGGUACACCUGAUGAUGUGUUUGUUCAAAGUAAAACAGCGUACAAUUCUGAAUUAACAACUGUAGAAAAAAUAAAACUAGAAACUGUGACAAUUCGACCUCUAUCUUCUCGUAAUAUUGAUACCACGACGGUGAAAAUGUUAAGUACAACACGACGGUCUCGAGCUUGGAAUGCCGCAUACAUUGAUAAAAAUUGGCAGGAACCAACUCCAAGAUCGAUUGAUAGUCAUAAUACUUCAAGAAGUGUAGUUUCAAAGCCAUUAACGCGGUCAAGAGGAUAUACUAAUAGAAAUCGACAAAUAUCUACAACGACUAUGAGCAAUAAUGAAACAACUCAGAAGAGUGUUACUUUUAAAGUGACAAAAAGACCAAGAGUCUGGAAUUCAGCUUAUAUUGAUAAAAACUGGCAAGAACCAACUAAAAAAUCUGAUGUAACAAGUACUCAAGCAACUGUUACUUCAAGAAACACUUAUUCCUCAUUAACAGCUGAAAAAACUGUUCAAACUUCGCGGAGAGGUAAUUCUCGACCAAGAACUGCAACCUACCGACGUCACUUAGAAGUUUCACAGCCACAGAAUUCUCUGACAGGAAAGAAAGAAGUAUCGAGUGUUGCUAUUACUCCGAAAUAUCAUGCAUUAAUAAAAACAGAGAAUUCAACGCAACAGUCGAUAAAGAAAGAACCUGCAGUGAGUCUGGAGCUUUUAAAUAAAACGAAUGCCAAUGAAACUUUCAACUUAAUCGGUAUUUCUACUAGCAGCAGAGGUAAUAGCGGGAAUUCUGACUCAAACAUUUUCAAUCCUGCAAGAACAACAUACUUAAUAAAUUCUAAUGCAAGUUUGUUGGAACAAAUUAAAAGUACUGUUGCUCCAUUGUUGAGUGUACUUGGAGCCAAAGCUCCCGCAUUUGCUGGAGUUUAUCGAAAUGUUAGCAGUAAUGAGACUGCAGCUCAACGGGUGACACCGAGUGGGUCUCCCCCGAGAUUUAGUGCGAGAUACAGGGGAGUUGAAUUGUUCGUGAGAAAGCCUAAUGAUGCUAAUUCAACUGGAAAUGCUUCAACAACUUCAUUUAUAUCAUCAUCGGACGAAGCGUCGUCACCCGUCUCAAUUUCAAAUCUAGGUGAUUCAAAAGAAGUCACAUUUUAUCGAGCAUUGGAGACUGUCAGCAUAAACAAUGAAGUAAAUCAAGCUACUGAUGAAGAACGUCAACAGCAACUUAAUAGAGUUGCCCAGGAAAACACAACAGCAACCGCCCAAACGACGGCAGGUUUCCAGCAAGCAACCAUUCAAACUACCACUGAAACUCCUUUCCUUACCUUUGACUCUCGUCUCACAACUUUAGAAAUUCCUUUAUCAACUACACAAAUGCUUCCAUCAGCCUCAGAAGAAAUCCCUUUAACUUCAGAAACUCCUUUAUCUACCACAGAAAUACCUCCAUUAACAUCAGAAAUGACUUUUUCCACUCCAGAAUCCACUAUUCUUUCACUUAAUUCUAUUCAAUCUUCCUUUACCGCUAUUUCUCCGUCCUCAUCAAGUACUCAGACUACAACAAGCACAUUGGAAUCAACAACAAUAGCUCCAUCAACAUCAGAAGCAACAACUCAAUCUACAAUACAAAGCACCACGGCAUCUAUGGCUACAUUUAUGCAAACCACGCCCUUUUCAACAACUCCAUACAUGGGUCGUUUUGGGAGUUCCCGAAUGACUCCAGCUCCAAGACUUAGUUCCAGCUCAUCAACUCGAAUGCCGUUACGCGAUUAUCAUGUUUAUGGAAUCUAUCCAAACAAAACUAUCGUGCGCAAACGACCAGAGGAUAACCUUAUUGAUGCACGAAAUGUCGACAGCCCUUAUGUCAUCUUUGGAAUCUACCCAGAUGGAAAACUUGUUCGCAAAUUUCCUAAUGGAACGGUAAUACCGGACCCACCGACGAACCCGGUAGAAGUUGUCUUUUCGCUUAGCACCAGUACUACCACUAACAGGCCCAAACCCAUUCUUCAAUAUAACCAGGCUAACCAAGGCACGAAUAACCAGAAUACCGCGAUCUUUAAUAACCGUCCAACAGGAUCUAUAUUCGCCCAAUCCAGUGGCCAAGCUGAUGGUUUUCGUAGUCAACUUGAUCUUGGAUUAUCUGAUAACGCCCUCAGUCCUGACGGAGAUGGUCCCAAUCAAUUUGGUGAUCCCACUUUAAUGCCCGGCAUCGGUACUGUUAGUACCCAGCUUUCCUCUACAAACAUGAUAACUAAUGCGUCUCCAGGAGGUUUACGACCACCAUCGGGUGUGACACCCUCUAGCAUCAAUCCGCAGGGUGGUCGAAUUAUUCAGGACAUAGAAAGGGACAAGGCCAGCAGGACUAAAGAGGCCGGAGGUCAACGCAGCACCGUGUACAUCGGACAGGAGAAGUUCAUCAACUACUGGACUAAUGACACAGCGCAAAAUGAUUCGAGGGUCGUGAGUGUAGAGAUAAAUUCAGUGGCAAGUGCAAUAAAUGAAGGUUUGCCAGGCAGUUCUAUAUCUCCUUUGGAUAUUCUUCCGAACAAUCAAGUCCAAGGUCGGGUCACCGCACCGCCAGGUUUCCCUUGGAAAGACCCUCUUGAUCAGAUCUUUGGUAUCACCACUGAGUCCCCAAUCAUCAGAGCAUCCGUUGCGUCCAACACCCUGGACGAACCGAGCUCAUCGAGAUCUCCGAUCACGGCGCGUCCCAUAAAUCGACUCUUGGAGGUCUUCACCCCCUUGUUGAACGCCAACCAGUUGGCAAGAGACACUUCGAUCACGAUCACCAAUGAUGCACCCACUGUAUCAACUACAGUUGGUGCAUCUAUGACAACACCAACAACCACUACAUCCACUACUAAAUCUACCACUAACAGUAGGCCAGUGACCACAACCACAAUGACAAAUAGCGCACCAACUAUGAUGACAACAACGCUUCUUCCUACGCCAACGAUAGCUGCCUCAACAACUAGUACGAUGAGUACAUCUACAACGUCAUUAUUCACUACAAUAGGCAUUCCUAAGCAGACGUCUUUCGGUACUACUUUCGAUGAUUUAGCUUUUCUCAAUACUUUACUGGAAUCAGAUUAUCGGCCAAAUUCAAUCAGUUCUACUCCAAAGACGUUGACCGAGGUCGAGCGGUUGUUAGCAAACAAGAUCUUGUCUUUAGCUCUUAGUCAAGCUGGUCCAACGCGUUCUCCGAAAGCCAUUCAACCAUCGAAUGCUUCGCCGAAUUCACUGGAUAUCUUACCUGCAAGUUUCGGUCACUCGUCGCCGCCGAUAAUAAUCGAUUUACUGCAGUCGACAUCGAAAAAACCAGUAGCAGCUACCACGACCACGGAACCAUUCACUUGGAAACCAGUGACUGACGUCACUUCAAUAACCAGUUCCAAACAAACUGAAAUAAGUACCAAGACUACCACUAGUAUUACUUCAACAACCACUACAUCUACGAUGACACCUUCAGCUUCUCAAAUUAUUUUUGAUACGUUCCCAACUCAUCCCCCGACAAUUAAAUCAUCCAAUCUUGCUACCAUCUUAAAUACUGUAACAUCAAGUACUACUAUUCCUACGAUUUCAUUUACUACCACAGUAACUCCUAAAGUAAUAACUAGAAAGCCUGUUGCUGUAAGACCUGCACCACCUCCGACAACAACACAAGCACCAUUAGGUUUCGGAGCCAGUUUACUACAGGCAAUAUUUGGACGUAACAUUUUUGCACCUCCAACAUCUACAACACAAAAACCUCUAAAGAAAGUUAUUCAAACGACUCUCAGACCGGUACAAACGACUCCAAAACCAAUUUCUACUACAGCCGCAAGGGAAAUGUAUGCUGCAUCUGAACAAAUUAAUCAUAUAGAUUAUUCUAAUUCAUUAGUAUCUGGAAGUAAAUCUACUAGUCCUCAAGCAACAACUAAAUAUUCUCCGGAAGAAGAUGCUAAAUUUUUGUUGGAACUUUUGGAAGCUUCUGAAAGAGUUAAAAAAGGGGACAAAAAGGAAUCUUUAGUUCUUUCAAAUGAUGACGAAGUUUUUUUGCGUGCAAUUUUGAGUGGUCAAGCAAAGGUGAAAAUUCCAAAAGCAACAACAGAAGACCAUGCUUCUAAAAAUGCAGUAUUAUUAGCAGAACUUUUGAAAGCACAAGGCAUUAAACCGUCUACUUCUUCCAAUCACCUACGAGAGCCACUUCAGGGUAUUAGCAUUACUUCCACAACAACAAUUGGACCUCAAAUUAUAUCAACGUCCUCAAAAAGGCCCACAACACCGAGACCGAGGCCAACUGUUAAGGCACAGAGUUCUACAUAUCCUCCUCCUCUCUUCAGUAACUUUAACUUUGGUUUAGGACGGCCAGAAAAUUCAGAACAGAAUUCUGAAGGUGGGGUGAGGAAUCAAGUACUCACAGCUGCUAUAGGAGCUACUAGAUUAUUUAGCCAAUUUCUUGGUGCUGCGAUUACGGGGGCAGCCCAGCAGUUGCAAUCAUUCGUUAGAAAUAGCACCAGGUAUGUCUCAGAAGCAGUUGGUUAGUCAUCAGCAUCUCGAAGGAUUUUAGACCAUUUGAUAUACAUUGUGCUAUAUGUAUCAUUUAAACAAACAUGAAUCAAAUGAUCACAUUACUUUGAUGAUGGUAGAAUUAUUUUAACCUUAUCUCAUAAAGUUGUUUGUGGUAGGCGCCAAGUCUAGGACAACCCACGUCACUUCCUUUUUACGUAAUGCUCUGGAGAAUAAUUCAAAGUUCUAAGUAUUAGUGACAUGAUAAAUUUUUCCGGUAAAUCGUAUAACUUCGGCAAGUGAAGCAUUAAUUAAUCAAUUAAUAGAAGGAUUUAUUUUGGAAGGAUGAAUGCUUCUCGUAAAUUCAAUUUUUUAUCAAGCCAGAUGUUGAUCAGAGAUGCUUCUAAAAGCUGUAAGUUAGGCGUCUGAUGCUUUGCAAACGUUUCUAGGGUAAUAAAAGUUUUUAGAUUGAAAAAAAUACUCGUGAAACAUUUGCAACAUCAUAAAUAAAUAGUAUUCGUUUAUCACUUUAUAACAUAGUUAUUAUUAUUAUUAUUAUUAUCAAUAAUAAUAAUAAUAAUAAUAAUAAUAAUAAUAAUAAUAAUAAUUAUAUAAAAUAAAAUUCUUGUUUAUUCUUUGUUUUGGUAGAG